UGUGUCUUGUCCGUCUCGAUUCUUGGCUAGAACGGCAUUGAAUGAAGAACGCGAGCGGAAAUGGGGGGAUGCCACCUGCAAGACUGUGAUGGUUAGAGCCAUUCCAUUGCAAAAACUGGGAAGGAACCAACGAAUCCCCAUUUCCCACUUGUCAGGUCGACAAAAUGGGGUUUCAAACGAACAAAAAACUCGUCCGCUUUGUUAAUUUUGUGAGGCCCCCUUCUCCUCCUCCUCCUCUGCUUCCUUCUCACCCCCAACAUUUUCACCAAAUUUCACACAAACCGAGACAGAAGCCUCUGGUUUUGGAGACCCAUCAAGAGGAAUCGAGAAAGAACAAGAAAAGGGUUAUUAUAUGGAGAAUCAUCAGGAGGUUGAAAGCGAGGAAGAAGAUGGAGUGGCGGAGGAGGAGGAGGAGGAGGAAGAAAUUGGAGUCGUGGGUUCGAGCUUGACUUUGGAGAAGGUCGCUGCGGCUAAACAGUAUAUUGAAAAUCAUUACAAGGCUCAAAAGAAACAUAUUCAAGAACGCAAAGAGAGGCGUUCCUUGCUAGAAAGGAGGUUGGCAUCUUCAGAUGUCUCAGAAGAAGAACAAAUUAAUCUAUUGAAGGAUUUGGAGCACAAGGAGACUCAAUACAUUCGGCUCAAAAGGAAUAAGAUUUGUGUUGAGGAUUUUGACCUUUUGACAAUUAUUGGGCGAGGUGCUUUUGGGGAGGUUAGACUUUGUCGGGAGAAGAAAACAGGUAACAUAUAUGCUAUGAAGAAGCUGAAGAAAUCAGAAAUGCUCAGCAGAGGACAGGUUGAACAUGUCAGAGCUGAAAGGAAUUUGCUUGCUGAAGUUGCAAGUCAUUACAUUGUGAAACUCUAUUAUUCCUUCCAAGAUGCUGAAUACUUGUAUCUAAUCAUGGAGUAUCUUCCUGGAGGUGACAUGAUGACUUUACUGAUAAGGGAAGAAACUUUGACAGAAACCGUAGCCAGAUUUUACAUCGCUCAAAGCGUUCUAGCUAUCGAGUCGAUUCAUACACAUAACUACAUUCACAGAGACAUAAAACCGGACAACCUUCUUUUGGACCAAAGGGGUCAUAUGAAACUGUCUGAUUUUGGUCUUUGCAAACCUCUCGACUGUUCAAAUCUAUCUUCUAUAAAUGAAAAUGAAGUCCUUGACGACGAUAACUUGCACGACACGGUGGAUGUCGAUGCGAGCGUUCCAGGGAAGAAAAGUGGGAGGCGUUGGAAGAGCCCCCUUGAACAACUUCAACAUUGGCAGAUUAACAGAAGGAAACUGGCAUUCUCCACGGUUGGCACUCCAGAUUAUAUAGCUCCAGAAGUGUUGCUUAAAAAAGGAUAUGGUGUUGAAUGUGAUUGGUGGUCUCUUGGUGCAAUAAUGUAUGAAAUGCUUGUUGGUUAUCCACCAUUUUAUUCCGAUGAUCCAGUAACGACAUGCCGAAAGAUUGUGCAUUGGAAAAAUCACUUAAAAUUCCCUGAUGAGAUAAGGUUAUCACCUGAAGCAAAGGACCUGAUUAGUAGGCUGCUUUGUGAUGCAGACCAUCGGCUUGGGACCGGAGACGCCGACCAAAUAAAGACUCAUCCUUGGUUCAAAGAUAUCGAGUGGGACAAACUCUAUGAUAUAGAUGCAGCAUUUAAGCCUGAGGUCAAUGGGGAACUUGAUACGCAGAACUUUAUGCAAUUUGAUGAGGUCGAUCCACCGCCAACGAGAACGGGAUCCGGACCAAUAAGGAAGAUGUUCUUGACUCCUAAAGAUCUCAGUUUUGUUGGUUAUACAUACAAAAAUUUUGAUGCUGUCAAAGGGCUACGCCAUUCAUUUGAUUUGAACUCAACCACCAGCCCAAUUCGGACUUCGUCAGUUGACUCAACACAAAGUGACUCGGCAUUGAACUACUCAACGACGUACUCGAGCGGUGAUAGGGAAGCCAUAUUGGGAUCAUCUGAGGAUGCAUUGUCACAGUAAAAAUGUCCAAAGAGGGCUCGUGAGAUCGUGAGCUUUGGUUUAAGAACUCAAGACCCCACCCACCCUCGUUCCCUCCGUGCAUAGGGGAAGGAGUGUGUGAGAUUGUGAGGCUUCUGAGGCCUUGUGAGUGCCCAGGUUGGCUGAUAAAAACUAGCCUUCUCUUGUGGCAGUUUGCCCACAUUUUUGCCUCCUCCUUUGUAUUCUUCACAAGCUGUUCACAAAACCCUUCACUUCUUACCUUUUAUUUGUAUACCAUUCAAAGUUUAUCA